AUGGACAAGAGGAUCUUUCGACAUGAGAAGUAUCUAAAAUCCGUCACCUUCCCCGACCUGAGUGGUCAAGCACCCUUCAUGAGCAAUGAAGACUUGAAACAAGAUCAUAGGGAAGUUAAUGAUGUUCUUCAGUGGCUAUCCGAUCAAAAUGUUCAAGGCAUAAUGGGCCUGUUUGUGGAAGAUCGGCUACAAUGCCCGCAUAAUGAUGAAGAUGUAACAAAAUGUGUCAACGAGUUCAAUGUCAGAGUUCUCAAUUGGAGAAAACUGGAUAUUUACCUCAAAGACUUUGACAAAGAGUUGGUAGAGGAGCUGCAUCUCUAUUCCAGUGGCAAUCGAUCUGUUCAUGAUCAGUGGCUGGAUCAAAUACCGAGAUUCAAGCGGGUAAGUUGCCAAACUCUCCCCCGACAUCGCGAACGUGCUUAUGCUUACUAUACCAGUUGA